AUGGCCGCACGGGAGGAAGGAGAGGUCCUGCACGGUAAAACAAGGCACCACGACGGAGCUGGAAGUGUAAACAGCUCAGAGGGCUUCAGGAACGGCUAUGUGAAGAGCUGCGUCACCCCCCUAAAACAGGACAACCAGAGGGGAUUUUUGCUCGGCGUUUGCAGGUUUUGCAACGAAGACGUGCUUAAUUCGAAACUGCUAAAGGUCUCUGCCCUCUACGUCGGCGCGUUCGUUAUUUUCGCGCUUUCCUUUCUCAUUUCUAGGAGCUUGCAAAGUGACUCGCUGUGGGAUUUGCGGACUUUUUUGUCGGGCUUCUCCCAGUCCAUCAGUCCCCUCUUCAGCAUAGGAUGUGCUUUCUUCUUCCUGACCUUUUACCUGAGGAGGAAAAAGAAGGAGAGCAGCAAAUGCUGGCUCGUCUCCCUGCCGGCGUCGUGCUACCUCGGGGAUUUUCUGGUUUUGCGCUUUUUACAAUGGGGAGAGGACCAGCACCAGAUGCAAAUGGUGGGCAGGUUGUUAUUCGUUUUGGGAUGCGUGGGUCUGCUCACGCUCGUGCCCACGCUCAAACUCAAACACAGCGUCCUCGUGCUGGUCUUCGCCAGCCUGGUGUGGCUGGUCUCCUUCACGAGUCUGAGCGGUCUGCCCGCGCUGCUCAGACCGCUGUUGGCCUGCUUCGCGGGGGUCUCGGGCUCCAUGUUGGGGCUCUGCUUCGACCGUUACUACCCGAGCAGGGAAGCGCCCGGCGGGACUUCCGGCGCGGACGAAAAGGUGCCCGUGAUCCGGCCCCGGAGACGCUCCAGCUGCGUCUCCCUGGGAGAGACGUCGACCAGCUAUUACGGCAGCUGUAAAAUGCCCCGCAGACCUUCGCUGCCCUGCAUAUCCAGAGAGCAGGUAGGUCACAUCCUACCACCACCCCCCCCACCCCGGCCUGCCGGACCACGUCUGUUGUUGUAG